AUGCAAACUGCAGAAGCAAAAAAAGGUGAUUUCCCAGUCCUAGCAAAUGUGGGCAGCUGGGGAACAAAAAGCAUACCUACUAAAGGAAAUGCAAGUGGGUCAUUAAGUCGGCAAAAGUCAGUAGGUGGCAGGACUAUUGAGCGUACUCCGUCAUCCUCUCCUGCCUCUGCUCAGUCCUCCCUCAAGGGGAAAAGAGAUAUGUUGACCAAGCAUUCUGAGGCGAUGGAUUUCAGAGAUUGGUGUGAGAGCGAAUGUGCUAGGCUUGUUGGAACAAAAGAUACAAGUUUCUUGGAAUUUUGUUUGAAGCAAUCUAGAUCCGAGGCUGAGAUACUUCUUGUAGAGAACCUUGGAUCAUUUGAUCCGAAUCACGAGUUCAUUGAAAAAUUUCUCAACUACAAGGAAUUGCUACCUGCUGAUGUGCUUGAGAAUGCUUUUAAAAGGCGACAUGACGGCAAUACAAGCAUUAUGGAUAUUGACCAAGAUGUCGGAAUCUGCCCAGAUGGGUCUUUGAAGGGGGGAGGGAAGAAGAAAGGGAAGAAAGGAAAGAAGGUGAGUCCGGCUGUUCUGGGAUUCAAUGUGGUCAGCAACCGGAUUAUGAUGGGUGAGAUUCAGACAGUAGAAGAUUGAUAGAUCUCGAGUGUUUUUGAGACUGGGGGAGUUAGUUGUAGAUACAUUUGGUUUUACUGUUUGUAAAUGUGCACAGCUAGGGUUUCUUUUUUAAUUAACCUUAUAGAGCAGGGGCAAUUGAAUUGGCUCAAGCUUUUCUUUUUGUUGUUGGAGUAAUGUCGAUUGCGAUCAGUCUUUUUAUUUAUUUAUUGGAGAGGUUUAUUUAUU